UCCCAGUGGGCCUACAAAUUGCAGUGGUUUGUUCUAUGCAUAACUGCUCCAAUUAAUGACAUGAAUAUAUCUAAAGGCAAGGGAGCUAUCCCCUCGUCCUUUUUCCAGGCGCAGUCCCUUUCUGCCUGCUUCGUUGUGGGGUGGGGUGGGGUGGUGUUGACCUUCACCCCCCGAGUCCCAGUGAUGAUGAUGACAUACCGUAUUAUAAAUUUAUAACACAAGCUGCAAGAAUCGGUACGGAUCUGUGAUAGCGUUUUCGAAAUGAAACUUUCUCCAGCAAUGACAAAUUGUAGAUACUGUAGUGAGUAUGGCGUAAUCAAUGUGGGUCGGACCGUAGCUGUAAGCGAGGGAGAGGGGAAGGGAGUGAGUGAGUCACCUUGCGGGAGCAGGCAUGAUGUGCUGACGAGGCUCAGUCGUUCCCGGGUUCUCCUGUCUCGAACGAACGAUGGCGGGUUUUAUAAUCGCCUUGUGGAUCACCGUGCUGUACAAAGCGGUGGAAGGGGUCAAGUACCCAAUGCUCCUCCUCACUGUCGUGGCCACGACGAGGUCAGCCGAGCAGAGCUGCCUGCCUGCUCCCUUUCAUAUAAUCGCAUCGACCACUGACUGACAGUCAGUCCUCUGGUCGAACACCUGCACCCAGUUUCAACAUGCUGAGAUACUUGUGUGCUUCGUACCCUGACCAUAGCUGAAAACGUUUACCUCGGUACCUGCUCCUGUUUCCAGGGUUUCGAAGAUAUGAUAUGUUCUUGCCAGUCCGGAGUCAACAGGUUACCGAGUUUGGAAGAUGUGUGCUCCUGACUCACUUCAUUCUACCAUGUCCAGAUCCAGAACGAGGUCUUUGCUGGACUCCGGACUGGAAAGUGUUACCAACAGGGCUCGUCCCAUGAACUACAACUCUGGCACCCAUCUUUCAUAAUUUUCUGGACGCUGAAACCAUUGGGUUGCCACAAAUGUUUUGUCUUCAGUUCAGAGUUAAGCAGUUCAGGCCUUGUUUCCAUCACAAGCACGAUGCCCACGAUCUGGGUGCUUAUAGCACCGGCUACGGUGGUAGCAACGAGAAGGCUGGGACGGAGGUCACGGAAAUGGUCCGUCCCAGCCUUUUCACUGGGCUUGGAAAGUCCCCGAAAGUAUGUAAACAGUGGCUCCAUGAAUCAAGCUUGUUGUUGCCAUGUUGAGCUAUCUUGUGGAGAAUGUGCCGAUUCAGCUCUCAUCCAGCCCAGAGGGCCCACCUUGUUGGUGUUCGGGGUGCUUUUCUUCAUGAUGAUAGAAACUCAGGGCUCUUGCUGAUUUUUCCUCUCAUCGCCAGAAUCAAGAGCGGUGGAGUAGAUUUCUCUCGUUUUACUCAGGCCUCCGUUGACUGCCUUCGUAAAAACCUGUCCACCGUCUGGCUUGUUUGAGAUGAUCACUCUGCUUGUCAGCUUGACCUCACAAGCAUGUAUUUUGUGACACAAGCGACGAGUAAAGUGGUAGCUUCCCGCUCGAUCGGAC